GAAGAUGAACUAGUUCCUGUAUUUGAAUUAGUCAAAAAAAAAUUUAUCUGUCUCGAAUAAUGGUGGAUUUUAGUGGGUUAAAUCGUGGUUAUGCUUUUUGUAUGUAUACUAAUCGUGAUGAUACUAAACGAGCUGUAAAUGAAUUAAAUUGUUAUGAAAUUCGUAAAGGUAAAAUAUUAGGCGUUUGUUUCAGUAUUGAUAAUUGUCAUUUAUUCAUCGGUGUUAUACCUAAAUUGAAAGCGAAAGAUGAAUUAAUGUUGUAAAUGUGAAAAGUAAAUGAUGGCGUGAAAAAUGUGAUUGUUUAUCCAAGUGUAGCUGAUAAAAGCAAGAAUAAAUGAUUUGCAUUUGUCGAAUAUGAAAAUCACAAAACAGCUGCUAUGGCUCGACGUAAACUAAUUCCUGGACAAAUUCAUUUAUGGGGGCACCAAAUUGCUGUGGAUUAGGC